UUCGCGCCCUAGCUAAACAGCAAACAGCUGAUUUGGUCGCAUGCUUCACUCUCGCAAAUCGCGUUGAAUUGAGUUUUGUUUAACAUGUCGAAACCAAUUACCUUUGUCACCGGCAACGCCAAGAAGCUGGAGGAGUUGGUUGCCAUCCUGGGUCCUAGUUUCCCGCGCACCAUUGUGUCCCAGAAGAUCGAUCUUCCGGAAUUGCAAGGGGACAUCGACGAAAUUGCCAUCAAGAAGUGCAAGGAGGCAGCGCGUCAGGUGAAUGGACCCGUACUGGUGGAGGACACCAGUCUUUGCUUCAAUGCUCUGGAGGGCUUGCCGGGUCCGUACAUCAAGUGGUUUUUGGAGAAGCUGCAGCCGGAGGGACUACACCGUCUGCUUCAUGGUUGGGAGAACAAAAGUGCUCAGGCUAUUUGCACCUUUGGCUACUGUGACGGAUUGGAUGCAGAACCUUUAAUCUUUAAGGGCAUCACCGAGGGCGUUAUCGUCGAACCUCGCGGUCCCCGGGACUUUGGAUGGGACCCGGUGUUUCAGCCCAGUGGCUACGAUAAGACCUACGCCGAGCUGCCCAAAUCCGAAAAGAACACAAUUUCCCAUCGCUACCGCGCCUUGGCUCUGCUGCGGCAGCACUUCGAGAAGCAGGACAAGUUAAUAAACUAGGACUCAAUUUAUUUAA